AUGGAGAUGAUACUCAUUGAUGAACAGGGUGAUACGGUGCAAGCUUCCAUUAAGUAUACACUGUUAUACAGAUUUGAGUCUAAGAUCAAAAUGAACAGAUGUUAUGUAAUGUCAAACCUAUCUGCUUUUUUUAGUGUCAAGACCUACAAGCAUGCCUUGAAUGACUAUAGAGUCACUUUUGAAUAUACAUCUACUGUGAGAGAAGUUGAUGUUCCGUCCAUUCCAGUGUAUUCAUUUAAGUUCACACCUUACGCAGAUAUACAACAAGCGCCAAACAACAAUGAGUAUACGAUAGUACCCGCUAUGUUGGUAGAUGAGGAUGUACAGACGUUAAGAGACAAUUCUUCCGAAAGCGGAGAUUCUGAAUAUGUUUCCAACGAUGAGAAUAGUGACGAUGCACUUGACGAUACUGAUUAUGAAGAUCUUGGAGACCAGACGUAUGAAUGUCCUUUUUGUGGUUCAAUGAUGUGGUACGGUGAAAGAAUUGACAAGCAUAGACAAACAUCCAGGCCCAAAUUUGGCUUAUGUUGUAUGUCCGGGAAAGUCCAGCUCCAAAAAAUAAGAGAUGCACCUCCUACACUUAACAAUUUAGUGUUUGGCACUGAUCGGAGGAGCAAACAUUUCCAAGAGAACGUACGAUCGUAUAAUAUGAUGUUUUCUUUCACGUCGCUUGGUGGAAAAGUGCAGACAUCUAUUAAUAACGGAUCUGGUCCAUACACAUUUCUGUUACACGGACAUAAUUACCAUCUACUGGGCAGUUUAUUGCCGGAAGAAGGCACUAGGCCUAAGUUUGCCCAACUUUACAUUUUCGACACAGAAAAUGAGAUUCAGAAUCGAAUUGAUGCCGUCAGGUCCGGAAAUCAAUCUAACAGUCUUGACCCAGCCAUCGUUGCAUCGUUGAAAGAUAUGAUUGACGGUAACAAUGUACUUGCACAACAUUACCGUGCUGUUCGAGAUCGUUUUUCCAAUGAUGGCCAUCAAGGAGUAAAACUCAGAUUGGUAAAGAGUCGCAGUACUGAUGGCAGGACGUACAAUCUUCCUAACGCAAGUGAAAUAGCAGGCUUGAUCGUUGGUGACUUUGACACACAAGAGGGUGUUAGGGAUAUUGUAGUUGAGACGCGCUCAAAUAAGCUUCAACGAAUCAGUGAGCUCCAUCCUCUUUACUUGCCUCUACAGUAUCCUCUUUUAUUUCCUUACGGUGAAGAUGGUUAUCGAGACGAUAUCAGUUUGAGAGAAUCUUCAUUUGCUGAUAAUAGAAAACGAAGGAAGGUAAGCAUGCGAGAAUUCUUUGCAUACCUAAUUCAGAAACGGCAUGGAGAACAUUCGUUACUUUUGCAUUCCAAGAAGUUAUUUCAGCAGUUCUGUGUUGAUGGAUUUUCGAUGGUUGAGUCACAGAGGUUGAAUUUCAUAAGGUUCAAUCAGGAUCAACUUAGGGUUGACAUGUACAAGGGUAUCGAAGAAAAGAUUUUUAAAGGAGACACUGAGGGUAAAUCUGUUGGACAACGCAUUAUAAUUCCAGGGUCGUUCACCGCAGGUCCAAGGUAUAUGUUUAACAACUUCGUUGAUGCUCUUCAAAUAUGUAACUGGAUUGGAUUUCCAACCCUCUUCAUCACCAUCACAUGCAAUCCCCAAUGGCCAGAAAUACAAAGGGUGUUAAAAGAUACAAAUCUCAGGCCGGAGGAUCGGCCAGACAUUCUGUGUCGUGUGUUCAAAAUGAAGCUCGAUAGUAUGAUGACGGAAAUCAAGAAGGGCCGUAUAUUCGGACGUAUUAGAGCAUAUGUCUGCACAAUUGAAUUUCAGAAACGAGGUCUACCGCAUGCACAUAUUUUAUUGUGGUUGCAUAAUGACGACAAGCAAAAGAAUCCAGAAGAAAUUGACAGGAUCAUAUGUGCUGAAAUUCCUGACGAAGAAAACGACAGAAAGAUGUACCAGUUGGUGGAGAAGUAUAUGAUACAUGGACCGUGCAGGCGAAUUUGA